UUGGAACUUGGAAGUGAAGCCGAGUGUUUGAUGGCGUCUGUUGUGUGAAUUUAGUGGCGUGAAAUUCCUUUUGUUUUAUAUAAAUCUGGAUAUUUAUAUUUACAAAUAUACGGUAUCUAUUUUAUCUUAGGAGUCCGUAUAAUGGGUGAUACCAUGGAUCCGGCUAAACUGAAAGUUGUGGAGUUACGAGCAGAAUUAUCUUCAAGAGGUUUGGAUACGAAAGGAAACAAAGCUGCUCUUGUUGAUAGAUUAAGAGAAGCUUUAGAAAAGGAAACUGGGUCAGCUAUCGAAGAAACCAGUAUAAUGGAAACAUCCACCGAGGAUAGUUUCCAGGAGAACAGGGCAGAAGGUGGUGCAGAAGAGGAUGCCUCACUUUCCCACAGAGACAAGCGUCAGAAAGUAGAGGAAUCUGAGGAACCAGAAUCCGUCUCCGAGCCUGUCCCUGAAAGUGGAAAUGUACAGAUCAAGGAGGAUCCAGACAAGUCGGAUUACUGUGACAAGGAAGAGGGACGAGAAAAACAGCCGGUGGCUAUUAAAGAAGAAAAGGAGCCAUUACAGGAUCAAGUUAAGACGGAGCAGUCAGAUGUGAAAAAUGAACACAAGAUUAAAGAUGAAACCACGCAGGGAAUAAAGACAGAGGUCAAAACUGAACCGCAGACAAACAAUGAACGACGAGGUGAGAAGCGUUCACACUCUCCUCCCCCGGACAAAAGAUACCAGGGGCAUCAUGGAGACGAGGAACCCGUCUAUGAUGAGAAAGCCGUUAUCCUUUCUUGGUAUGACUCCGACUUGAAUCUCACGAUCGAGAAGGGUGACUUCUGUGUUGCUGUCCCGAUGCAUGAGCAAGGAUUUGGCUACAUGUGGGCCGGCGCAAGAGCGACCUACGGUUUCACGGAGGGAAAGGUUUUCUAUGAAGUUAAGAUAUUGGAGAACUGUGAUGUGUCACAUUUGGAAGACGAACCAAACCCGCACGUUGUGAGGGUCGGUUGGUCUGUGAUCGGCACAUCCAUGCAGUUGGGUGAAGAACCGUGGUCGUAUGGUUAUGGUGGGACUGGCAAAGCUUCUACGGACUGCAAGUUCAAAGAUUACGGCGUACCUUUUACGGAAGGCGACGUUGUGGGAGCGUUUCUGGAUUGUGACGGCAGCUCGGCGGUGAUGUCCUACACGGUGAACGGGAAGCCGAUGGGCGUGGCGUACCAGGUGCCCAAGGCACAGCUAGACGGGAAAGCGCUCUUCCCGCACGUGCUGACGAAGAACGUGAAGUUCGAGUGCAACUUUGGCGGCAAGGAGCCGUGGUGCCCGCCCCUGCCGGGGUACAUGUUCGCCGGGGAGGUGUCCCUGGACCGGCGCGUCGCGGGACCGCCCCGUCCCGAGCGGCGACAGGACUGCGAGAUGUUGAUGAUGUGCGGUCUACCUGCAUGUGGGAAGACAACGUGGGCCAAUGAAUUUUACUCAAAACACCUGGACAAGAUGUACAACAUCCUUGGAUCAAAUAACUUGAUUGACAAAAUGAAGGUGAUGGGUCUGCCUAGGAAGAGGAAUUAUGCCGGUCGUUGGGACGUCCUGAUUGAUAAGUGCAUGAAGUGUUUGAACAAGCUUUUAGAGAUUGCUGGUCGUCGUCGGAGAAACUAUAUCUUGGAUCAGACCAAUGUCUUUCCGAACGCCCAAAGACGCAAAAUGAAAAGUUUUGAGGGCUUCGUACGGCGAGCAGUAGUAAUUGUACCCACAGACGAGGAGUUCAAGAGACGUUGUGCUAUGCAAGAGAAGGUGGAGGGCAAAGAUGUUCCGGAUUCUGCUGUUCUGGAGAUGAAAGCGAACUUUGAGCUGCCCGUUAAGGGGGACCCGUUCGACGAGGUGCAGUUCGUAGAGCUUGAGCGGGAAGAGGCGCAGGCGCUGAUCGACCAGUACCGCAAGGAGGCGGCCGACGCCGGCAUUACGCCCCAGAAGCAGCGCCCGCGAGGGUUCCGUGGGGGCGGCGGCGGCGGCGGCUCUGGCGGUUUCAGGGGCGGCUUCCGGCCCAGAGGCGGUGGCGGCGGAGCCAGUCCCGGUGGCGAGAAGAUCCGCAACAUCAGCAGCUGGCAGCCGAAGAGAGGCGGCAACGACGGGUGGAGGGACAGAAACCAGUCGUACGGCUCUGGGAGGUCCAACGGCCCGAGUGGCGGGGGCAGAGAUGGGGGUGGGGGGUGGCGCGGGGGUAGGGGGGGUCGCGGAGGCGACUCCUAUGGUAGCCGUGGCGACUCCUAUGGUAGCCGUGGCGACUCCUACGGUAGUCGUGGCUACGACCGCAACCGAUCGUCGGGCGGCGGAGGUUACGGUGGCAAUCGAAACCAGUCCGGAGGAAAGGGGAGCUGGGGAGGCGGCUACAACCAGGGCGGGGGCGGCGGCGGUGGCUGGGGCAACACCGGCGGAGACUCGGGGGCAGCGUCCUGGGGCCAGCAGGGCUACAACCAGCAAGGCGGCUGGGGCGGAGCACAGCAGAACUACGCCCAGCAGGGGUGGAAAGGUUACGGCCAGCAGACGGGCGGCUACGCCGGGCAGGGCUCGUACGGCCAGCAGCAGACGUACGGCCAGCAGGGCUACGGCGCUGCAGGGGCCGGCGCGGGCGCUGGCGCCAACACGUACGCCAACUGGAACCAGCAGUAUUACGGCGGCGGCGGUAGCGGCACUGGGGGCAGCGCCCAGGGCUGGGGACAGUCUGCUGACGGAAGCUACGGCAGUGGUUACGGACAGCAACAAGGGGCGUGGCAAGGCUACGGUCAGGGUUACGGUUACGGCCAAGGACAACCGCCCAAGUAGACAUCCACUUCUACGAUUCUUGCUAUCGUAGUUUCUACACAUUGGUCGUAAUUUUGUAACUAAAAGUACAAUGUUUGUGUAGAGUAGACUAUUGUGUGAUGUUUAUAGUAUAGUUUUUAAAGUAUUAAUUUCACUUUUUUUUCCAUUCAUUGUUUUUCUCACAAGACUGUGGUAUAGUUGUCCCAGUCCCUUUGUGUACAUUUUUCCACUCAGUAAAAUUAGUUUUACCAUAGUAAUUUUCUUUAAGAGAACAAAUGUAGUAAUUUCAAUUGUACAUUUGACAAUGUCUUAUUAUUGACACGGAAAAAAUGUUUAUUUUUUGCCACCUGUACAAAAAUCUAGUGAAACUUGAUUUAACUUCGUGUAAUUUUUACAAAAACAGUGAAUGUUUUUACAUCAUUGCUAACUCCUAUUAUUAUCCCCGAGAAAGUGACAGGGUAUGUCGUAUGUAUAAUUUUUUUUAUUUACAUUGGGGACUUUUUUUUUGUUGACUGGUUAAUUUUAGCAUAUUAUUCUUAAUGACCCAUAUAAAGUAUUUUUAAGUAUGUUAUUUUUGUUGCUUGAAUAAUGAAGUGUCAUAUAUAUAUAUUUUUCCAUAAGUGUUUUUAAUGAAUUUAAAAAAUAAUUGCAGAAAUGGAGCUAUAUAAUGAAUUUGAAAUGUAAUAGUGCUUUCUUGGGGAAACUGUUAAGGUUAUUAACAUGUAAUGUAUAUUUAGUAACUUUUUAAAUUGUAGAACACUAUAGUAUACAUAUAGGUAUAUUACUUUGUACCAUAAUUAUGAAAUAUAAAUGUGAUCUCUAAA